AUGUCAGACAUAGAAGAAUUUGUACACGAACAAGACGAAUUAGACUACCCUCUUCGAGUCAUAAUAGUCAUCAACUCACCCAGCCACCCGGAUGGAGAAAUGGAAGAACGUAAUAUGGACUCUAUCCAAAGUUUUACAGCCAUGAACGACUUCUUUGACAACUUUGAUGAACAGAUAGCUAUCCCUAAUGAAGGACAUAUUAAAUAUGAAGUUGGAAGUGAUGGAUUAGUUGUUAUUAUUGUUGAUAGUUUGAAAUUACGGGAUAGUGCAUUAACAUUUAUUGAUGGAUAUGAACCACAACUACCACAGGAACAACAACAACAACAACAGUUGCUGCAAGAGAAAGAUGAGGAUGAGGUAGAUGAACCAAAGAGACUGAAGAAAGUGAAAGUUUGA